UCACAUCUCAGCUUUGUUCCUCAUACUAAAGACAGUGUGUGGUUGCGUUAACCUAAAACAAGCAGCCAUGGGAGGCAACAACAGGCAGAGGAAGUCUUCUUCAGGCUUCAUGUCUGUGUUCAACGUGUUCAAAUCCAAGAAGAACAGAGGCUCUCACAUCUCAGCUUUGUUCCUCAUACUAAAGACAGUGUGUGGUUGCGUUAACCUAAAACAAGCAGCCAUGGGAGGCAACAACAGGCAGAGGAAGUCUUCUUCAGGCUUCAUGUCUGUGUUCAACAUGUUCAAAUCCAAGAAGAACAGAGGAGGCCACUACGAUUCCUACGACGACGGAAUGACGGCUCGCAAAGUGUGGCCCAGUGAUCAAGACGGGGGCCCUUGGGGGUUCGCUGACCCUGGGAUUGACAUUAAAGCCGAAACCAUCAUCGCUCGCCACAAGAGACGCGUUUCUGAGUCUGAACGCUUUGAAAUUGAUCCUACUGCAGCAGACGCCCAAUAAGAAACUUCUUAUUUAUAUUUGCUUGUUUAUAUGGAUUGCCAUUCUUACGUCCAUAUUCCUUCCGGUUUAUACUAGAAACAAUAAUUAGCUGUACUCACAGCUUGAUCCUGCCUCAGCAAGCGCCCAAUAAGAAACUCAAUAUGUAAAUUUGUUAAUUCCUAUAGAUUGCCAUUUUCAGUUCCAUAUCACUUCUAGUUUGUAUACAUUAAUAAUAAUAAUAAUCAUAAAAAGCCCAGUGAGUUCCAAGAA